UUUUUUUUUUUUUAAUGAUGAAAACCGGAACUAUAAAUACUAAAGGAACCCUUGCGUUGCGUGUUCUCAUCGUUCCUCCUAGCCUUCUCUGGAAAAGUCUAUAUUGAUCGUAAGCUGCUUUGGAUUGUUCAGAGAAAAUUCGAAGAUGAGCCGUCAUCCCAAUGUCAAAUGGGCCCAGAGGUCUGAUAAGGUUUACAUGACUAUUGAGUUGCCUGAUGCCCAGGAUGUGAAACUUAAACUGGAGCCAGAAGGGAAAUUUUACUUCUCUGCAACUGCUGGUGCGGCAAAAGCUCCUUAUGAAAUUGACUUAGAUCUAUAUGGCAACGUUAAUGUAGAGGAGAGCAAAGCUAGUGUUGGUUCCAGAAAUAUCUGCUACCUAAUAAAGAAGGCUGAGGACAAAUGGUGGGACAGAUUAUUGAAGCAGGGUGGGAAACCUCCUGUUUUUCUGAAAGUUGAUUGGGACAAAUGGGUUGAUGAAGAUGAGGAGCAAGAUACUAGCUUGGGAGCUGAUAAUAACAUGGACUUUAGUGGGUUAGAUUUUUCUAAGAUGGGCAUGGGAGGUGGUGAGGGAUUGGGUGAUUUUGCUGCAGGCGAUGAUGAAGAUGAAGAGAGUGACGCAGAAGACGACGCUACUGGGAAAGAAUCUUCUGGUAAUGAACAUCUCAAAGGAGCCACUACUGGUGGUGAACAAAGUGGUGAACCUGAAGCUAAAGCUUGAAAACAUGGCUUCAAUUAUGAGUUCAAGCAUUGAGAGCUUGCUUACUGCCUUGGGGAUGAUUUAGGUUUUUGAGGGAGCUGACAUUUUAAUUAAGUAUUUCAUAUUUUCUCCUUGGAUGUUGAACAAUAGUAGUUAGGUGAAAACGAGUUGCCAAUAUGAUAUUACUAGAGAAUGCUAUAUAUUUGCCCCUUCUACA